AUGGAAUUGGAAGCAUUACGUCCAUUGCUACUUGCGAAAGAUGUCAAUCUAGACUGGUUACGUUCCAAAGUGAACAACCAGGACUGCCUUUACUGUCGGUUGAUCAUACCAUCAGAUACUCUCCUGUUCUGCUUUGUACCUUUAUUGGAUAAGCAACCAUACGUUGCCCUGCUGAGAGCGCAGGAUUUGGAAGAACAAAGCCGCAAUCAAGGGUUCUUGGAGAGCUCCAUAGAUCAAAUCCUUGCCGCUCUACGUGAACAGGCAUUCAACCCACCAUCAGCCCUGUCUUUUCGAAAAGACGAUGGGAUGAUGGAAAUUUCAAUCAAUCUUUCGACAGCAUUGAAGCUAUCAUUGAAGGCUACUAUUGUGGAUAACGAUCCCUCUCUUUCGUCAAUCAUACUUAGACGAUUACUUGACGACAUAUUAGCCGGUAGCUAUUUGUUAGAAAGGUUACUAUCCAGCAGAACGAAGCUGCUGGACUCAAAGGAUAGAGCAAUUGAGUUCUUAAAGGAGAACUUAGAAGAGCUAGGCGAUAAACAGACUCUGAAUAGAUGGGCCCCCGAGGGCUCCAUGAAUUAUCAAUCACUACAGAAGUAUGAUGAAGAUGAAGUAAAAUAUGCAACAUUCGCUAGGAUAAAUGAAACUGCUAGCGACGAGGGUCCAUCGGAAGAUGCUGAAACUGCUGACCUUGUAUUAACGUUGAGAAGGGAGAUGAAGCAGUACAAGAUGUCGUGGUCCAAGCGCUCUACGAAGAAAACAGCGGCCAAAAUGCCUUCCGAUUUUGCGCCUCCCUUGCAGCUCGAUGCAGAGCAAGUCAAGUCCGACUGGGAAAAAGGUGAGGCAUCAGUCAAAUUGGAGGAACCGCCUUCGUUAGUUAAAGAGGAAUCACCAGUCGCAGGAGAGAGUGCGAGCUCGGGCAGAGAAAGUUCUAAGUCACCAAGUAAGAAACGUAAAUUUAGAAGGGUCAAAAUUACGAAGCAAUCAUCUGUUUGA